UUUUUGUUUUUGUUUUUUUAAUCAUAUUUUACCCUUUUCUUUCUACUCACCCCUGGUUUGUUUUACUGUCUGCUCCAAAACUCUUCGUCCAGCAACAAAACAAUUCCUUUCAGAAACCCUAAUUUCACUGACCGGACAUGGCUUCCUCCAAAGAACGCGAUAACUUCGUCUUUGUCGCCAAGCUUGCCGAACAGGCUGAGCGUAAUCUAUUACAAGUUCCAAUGCUCUGCUCUACUUUUUGUUUGUCAUCUAAUCAACUCCACAAUUUCAGUCUCUGCCGACCUUUAAACUAAACCCUAGCUUUCUUUCUCUGCUCUCACCUGUCAUAAUCAAAUAUUCGAAUAUUUUGAAACAAACAAACAACCAGCUAAACAACGAAAGUAGCAGUAAUGGAGAGAAUUUCUGCGGCUUGUGCCAUGGAUUGGAGUAUUGAGCUUGAUAAGGGACUUCGAUCAAAAGUCCCCGGUCAAUCUGUUAAAGCCAUACUACAGAUUGGGCCACGGCUCGAGCAGUGGAGUAGAGAGCCAGAACUUACUAUCGCAGAAUAUAAAUUUUUUGGCUUAGUCCCCGGGGAGGAUAGGCUGUUUGCGAACACCAUCCUCCUUCGGCUUGCAGACGCUUUUAGCUCCAGUGACAAACAUACCAAGCUUUCUGUUGUAAGGAUCUUCUUAUCAGAACUGAGGCACCGUAGGAAAACAAGUAAACGAAAUCACUAUAAAAUUCUGUCAAAACCUGCAUUGGAAAACUACUUAGAACUGCUGAGAAAAGUAAAAUUGGUUUUUGAAACUGGGGAUGUUGAAUCAAGGACAUUGGCUUUGGUUCUCUUUGGUUGCUGGGCUGCUUUUGCGAAAGACAGUGCUGAAAUAAGAUACCUUAUCCUUGCGAGUUUGGUCUCAUGUCAUGGUCUAGAGGUAAAGGCAUCUCUAUUUGCCGCAGGAUGCUUUUGUGAGUUGUCAGAUGACUUUGCUUCUGUUCUGUUGGAGAUGCUGCUUAAUAUUCUGACAUCAUCUGAAACACUACCAGCUGUUAGGUUAGCAGGAGUGCGAGCAUUCGCAAAAAUUGGGUGCUCAUCUUCACUUGCAAGUAGUGCUUACAAGGCAGGUCUAAAGCUAGUAUUAGAUUCUUCAGAAGAGGAUUUCUUGGUUGCAAUGCUGAUUUCACUUUCAAAAAUUGCUUCCAAAUCGACACCCUUGAUUUCGGGACAGGUGGACUUGCUUUUCUCAUUUUUAAGCCAAGAGAAAUCUUUGCGCCUGCAGGCUAUAUCAUUGAGAUGCCUUAAUUUUAUCUUAGUAAGAGGAUUAUGUCAUUUCUCUGCUAGCGCCGAUUACAUCAAUAUAUUGUUCAACAUGCUAACUGAAUCCAAAUUUCCACCAGGCUUACAAUGUGGAGCUCUACAAAUUUUGCAUAAGAUCCUCUUAUAUAAAUUCCCCAUCGGGCCAUGUGUGGACAUGCUUGAAUUUCCCAAGCUGUUGACAAUCAUUGAGAAUGCAUCCCAGUCUCCAAUCAUGGAAAAGAGGCUCUUAGCCAUUCGUGUUCUAGUAGAUAUAUCAGCAAAGCUUAUGGGAAGAAAGGAAAUGGCCUUAGAGGGAGUUGUGUCCACUCCUCUGGCAUCCUUAGUGAUCUCAUGUGUCACAGACCGGAUCACCUUGCUGGUGAAUCCAGUGCUGGAUCUUCAUCAGUGUGACUCAGAAAUGGAGCGAGAAAGUCAAAGCUUACUCAGCCUCCUCCUCCUUUUGGUUGAAGAACAUCCAGAUCUUGGUGGUUUGUUGCUGGACAAAAUUUGCUUAUUGUUUGAAUAUCUGGUGAAUAUCAAUGACAGCAUUAUUGGCACCGGGUUACCAGAAUUAUCAGGUCAUGAGAUUGUAGAAUUUGGGAAAAAAAAUUGCACAUUCAUUAUAUCAAGGCUCCUGCUUCAUAUAUCCAGAGUUGUGGUCGGUUGCCUUGAUAAUUUAAAUGAAAAUGGUGCCUUUACUAAGGUUCUUAGUAUAUUGAACCUUCUGGUCAAACAUGUACACCAAUGCAGCUUAAUUGAUUGCUACACACUCGCAGUCUACUCUCUUUUGAUGCAUUCUCAUGUCACUUGCUAUGAGAUUGCUACACACAAUUUAUUUGCUUGCAUGUCGGAUGAGAUAGUGGAAGGCAACAAUCUUGCUAGAAACUUGUUUAAAUCUCUUCAUGAUUAUUCUGUUCGGCAUGAAAUUCUUACCCUUGAUUGUGCAAAGAAGAUGUUGACAGGGAAGGAUAAUUGGUCUGCUUACAAAGCUGCGAAAUUUGCAGCAUGUCAGGGAGCAUGGUUCACAGCUGCUUUUAUAUUUGGGCAUCUAACAACCGUAGUUCAAUCUAAUUCCUGUUAUUGCUGGUUAAAAUCCUUGGCUCAGUUUGCUCAUUCUGAAAGGAGAGUACAGUUGCUUCUUUUUCCAAAACAAGGUUCCAUUUUGAGAGAUUGGUUAGAAACUAACAAAAACUUUGUCUUACCUUUCAAAGAUGAUUUAGGUGAAACAGGAUGGGGUACUGCCUGGAAGAUCAACUCUCCUAUCUUCAUUGAAAAUCUUGACAAAGCUUGUGGCAUUCUGCACUUGUCAGAGGAAACAUUAGGAGUUACAAUCCCAUCAGGUUCCUCCUGUUUUCAGAGGUGGUUUUUAGCUCUUAGAGCAAAGGUUCUAGAAAGUGUGGUGGAUAUACUAAAACUUUUGGAUACCAUACCGUUUACACAGGAAAAUACUAAUGACAACAGACGAGUAGAGGGAAGUAUUAUUACUAAGUGCCCGGGACUUUUGGAAAGGGUUGCCUUCUUGGUGCGUCCUCUCACUCAAAUAUCUUUUCGGUUGAAGAGGCUAGCACAAGAAUUUGAUCUAAUUGCCACAUCUUUCAUUGGCAUAGAUAACAGAAGUUUGAAAGUAAUUUCAGCACUUGCACUAAGUUGUUCGCUGUUGGCCUUCAGUACUGGAUUUGCUCCUUUAAUCCCAAACUUGCAUGCUGAAAAUCUUAUAAUUUGCAGUUUGGAGAACUCGGAGGAUUGUUUACAUGCUACGCUAAUACAAGAUCUACUUCAGCGGUUGUGGCAAAGAGACUGUGAAACCAGUUCAAAGCUCAGUUUGCUUUUGAAGGUUUAUGGACAUCCUAAGAGCUGUUUUCUCCCUCGGUCCAAAAAUCAAAUGUUGACUGGUUAUGAAGCAAGAAGCAUUCUUACAGUUUGUAGCGAUGCUGUUACAAAGGUCGUUGGCCUGCAAAACGAGGCAAACAGAGCAAACGAUGAUGAAAUUCUAUUCCGACUGACUUGUAACGGUUUGCAACUUCUGUUGGACAUAGUUACAAAAUGGAUGCACAUACCUUUCCGGACUCCAUGUCACUUCUUUCGAAUAAGGCCUUGUAUUUCUUCUGAGCUCUUUGCCUUAAGCGGAGAUGAUAAAAGUUCAGAUGGGAUAUCGGUGUUGCCAGGCUUCCACCUGUCACUAAAUCUUUGUCUUCAACUUAAGAACGUACCACCAGGUCUCCCGGUUCAGCUGACCAAGUUGUACUGCAUCCUUUAUUGUCGAAGUGGACAAGAGAAGGGGCAAAAGGGAUCGGGUUUUCAAGAUUGGGGAGCUGAUGACAUGGUAGAUUUGAAUGAAAAAUUAUUGCAAUAUGUGACCGGGGAAACCAGAACGACUAAAGGUGUGCUGAAUAGAGAUAAUGCUGGUGACAGUGGGGUUGUGGAAGCAUGUGUAUGUUUUGAACCUAAUGAGAGAGGACAAGGGUUCUCUACUUGCUUGCUUGAUGUUUCUGCUUUCCAUGUGGGUUCUUACAGAAUUAAAUGGCAUAGUUGUUGUAUAGAUAGUAAGGGUUCUUAUUGGAGCCUCCUGCCGUCAAAUGCUGGUCCUGUAUUUACUGUAAAAAAGUCAUCAUUGGCUAGAUGAUUAGGGCUUCGUUUAUUUUUACUUUGUCGGUGUUUUGCAAAGGUUUACGUGGCAUUUUGCAAAGGUUUAUGUCGAGGUUGAGGUCUAGAUCAUCGUGCAGGGCAUGUAAAAUAAUUUGUUGAAAAUUUAUGGAUAAAUUAUUUUUGUUAAA